CACUGCAAUCUCCAUCGAAAUCAUACGCCCAUCAGCCCUUUCUUGCGCUUACAUACACAGUCAACGAUCGAAUAUGGCCAUGGCUAUGUGGAGAAAGAAGGAGACGGCCGGAGCCAGCGGCGCCGCCGCCCCGGCAUGCCUUGUUCGCUCCGCCGGCGAGGGCGGGGGCAAGAUCCCGAAGGGCUACGUCCCGAUGGUCCUCGUCGGCGACGAGGGAGAACGGGAGGAAAGGGUGCUGGUUCACGUCGGGAUGCUCACGGAGCCGCGCCUCCUGGCUCUGCUGGAGAUGUCAGCGCAGCGGUUCGGGUACGGCCAGCGGGGCGUCCUGAGGAUCCCGUGUGGCGUGGAGCGGUUCGAGCAGACGGUCCGUGGCCACCGCCGGGAGACGGAGGAGCCUGCGUGCGCGGCAGCACACUAGGAGAGAGCCGACGGCCACAAUUUUUUAAUUUUUUUAAUUUUUUUGUGGGGAAUGGCCACGGUUUUUUUGCUGCACAGUAGUUGAAUUGCCUUUGUGGUAUCAAUAUUUCUUUCUUUGUUACUUCCUCUGUAAAUUUUUAUAAGAUCGUUUAUAGAUCACUAAAGUAUUA